UCGGAAUGAAACUUUCUGAAAGUUUUCGGAAAGGAAGCGGCGGAGGAGCGGUUUGGACGGCGAGGGGCACAGGAGGUGGCUCGGGAGCCCUCCGAGGUGAAGCAGAUUUCCUCUUCCAAAAUGACUUUCCGAUUUCUGGUUUUGUGUCUGGCAUGUUCUGGGCUUGGAAAGGCAAAGGUGGUUCCACAGGCUGAAGAAAUUCAAGUGAGGGUGGGUGACAAUGCCCCUCUGAGCUGUGCCCUGACAGAACCCAUGGAUGUUGUGCAAGUGACGUGGCAAAAGGGCUCUGAAAAAUCACUUAAGAAUAUAGCUACAUACAGUAAACUGAAAGGAUUGAGGAUUCACAAGUCCUAUCAAGACCGAAUGAAUUUCACAAGUCUGGAACUCAACGAGACAAGCAUCACUUUUUGGGGCGCUACAAUGGAUGAUUCAGGAUGUUACCUCUGUCUCUUCAAUACUUUUCCCUCAGGCUCUGUCUCUGGACGUACCUGCCUGAGUGUCUUUGGUCUCAAUGCAUCUGUCCACUACAACAUUUCUGAAGGUCACUUGGUAGCCGUCUGUAGAGCUGUUGGCUUCCCAGAGCCCACCAUCACCUGGAACGACUUGUUCGAUUCUGCUCCUACACAGGAGGUGGUCAGUCACGCCAGUGGGGUGGUGUCCAUCACCAGCACACUGCACAUCUCCAACCCCCAGAGGAUCCGGGCCCAGGACUUGAUCUGCAGAGUGAACAACACAGAGGAAACAAGGGAAUUGCCCGUGAGAAUUAACGGAGAAGAGGGACCCUCAUUACUUUGGCUGCUGAUUAUUGCUGUGAUCGUAACUGUUGUCGUAGUUGUGUGUUUGCUGUUCUGGAGGAAGAAAAUCUGCAGGAGGUGUUGAAGUGGAUCCUUGAGGCUUUCCAUUCACCUUCCAGAUCAUCAGAGCCCAGCAACCUGAAGUCAGCAUUAGAAAUAGUGACUUGACUGGCUGGAAAGAAGGAGCAAAAAAAGGAAAAGAUACAUACACUGCCCUAUCUAGACACUGAGUUAUCACUGAAAUGUUUUUUAUUCAGUCUGGACCCUUAAUCUUAAAGAGUAGGAUCAGAGGGACCACUUAGUCCUCUCCUGCUGUGCCAAAAUCUUCUUUGCUCGUGCCACUCAUGGUACUGCUGCUGUGGAAAAUGUAUUUGCCUUCUUCCAGUUGAGAUUUGAAAACACCCAUGGAUGGAAGCUCUGCAGACUCUCUGGGGACCCUCUUGCAGUGCCUGAUUGCUCUUGUAGUAGAGAGGGGUUUAAUUUUUGCCAACCUCUGUCUGCAAUUUCACUUGCAGCAACUCUGAGUUCAUCGCCCUCUUCCUGUGAUCUGGUUUUCCUUCUCUUCCCCAGCUGUUCCAGCUCCUCUUCCUCAGUGAAUGUGUCAUUGUGCCAAGGACAGUAUUGCUUAACUUUCUCCAAAAACACCUUCUGGACUCAAACCCACAGGACUCAAGGCCACAGGAACUCAAACCACACUGAAUUUGUCAGAAUUACUGGGGAAGAGCAAUAGGACUCCAAGGAGGUGACUGGUUAAAGAAAGUAGCAGCCACAGUUGGGAAAGAAGAAUUAUAUGUCAUUUACAUAUAUUUAUAAGUAUAUAAGUAUUGUACUUUAUUUGACCUUUCUAAUCCUGGGGUGGGGUUUCUUCUUGGUUUGGGGGGUUUUUGUUUCUUUUGGUUCAGUUUGUUUUUGGGGUUUUUGGUGUUUUUUUUAAAAUAAGUGAGGAGGAGUUGGAAACAAAGCCCAGCAGUGUAAGCAUUGUCAUCUCCACCCCUCCUUCCUUUUUUGCUGCCAUUCUCUCUCUGGUUAUUUUCUGUGCAGAAGGCAAUAUGGGGCAACUCUCCUGAUUCUCCCAGCCCUCCCAGGGGGCUGUGAAAGCAGCUCUGUAGGGCUUAGUUGCUGCCUGGGGUUAAGCCCUGACAUCCCCUGAGCACCUUCACAGGGUGAGGGUUGCCAAAGCCAAGCCUACCUCAGGGUGUACAUUCAGUGGCCCAUUUUACUGACAGGAUAGAUGGAAGGACUUUAGGGGGUCCUCUGGUGAUUUUUAUUCAGCCGAGGAGUUAAAUGCUUAAGGUUUUCCUUCUGUCUGAAUGUCACUGGAUUGGGAUCACUGCCGGUACCAUCUUUUGGGUUUGAUCAGCAUUUGUUUGUGCACCUGAAAUACUCCAUCUCUCCGAGUGUGUUGGACUUCCUAAGUGCCUUUUGUCUUGUGCUUUUUAUGUCAUAUGUUUACCAAGAGUACAGACUGUCAAUCUGAAACACCUACAGAGAGGAUUUAGGAGAUGCAAGACUUAGGACUCAGUGUUAGAACCAGUGUUCUGUUGUUUCCAGGGCAGUGAUAAAACUUUGUGUGUGCGUGUGUGUGUCUCAGUGUAUUAGUGAAGAUGUGAGGGAUGACAUUUGCACUGCUAUUGUAAGUGCAACGUGGAUUAUUUAUUUAUAUAUUUUACUUUUUCUAAUAAAAAAAUAAAUGUUUUCCAGCC